AUGGGGAAUGAAAGCCAGUUUGAUAUUUCUGUACAGUCUGAGAUGACGUCACUAGCUCACUGUCCCUCUGCAUAUGCCGUCUAUGACUACACACAUUUCAAUAUUUGUCUAAGAUACAUAUCGAUAUCAGCUAAUUAUACAGAAGCUGUUUCAAGGUGCCAGCAAGACGGCGGAGAUCUAGUCAGAAUCGAUUCCUUUCAAAAAUACGAUAUCUUUAAAGGACACAUAGGACAUUAUGCAGCUGAUGAUUCUAGCCAGAUCUGGGUACAGGGAGUAGAGAUCAACGACCAAUGGAUAUUUCAUGAUAGAACACUGAUGCCCGUUAUAUGUCCCCUCUUUGAAUCUAAUAUAUCAGGAAAGAUCCAUUUAACGUCGUAUGUUUAUCACAACUUCUCCUGUUUUGACUCUUCUCCCUCUUCAGAGCAUCACUACGUGUGUGAAAUCUAUCGAGUGUUUCCUUGAUUCAACGGAUACCUGAGAAACUGGUUUCUAAAAUUCAAACAUACUUUGCUUCCCACAAGAUAAAUGGUGUGACUAUUCUAAACAUCAUGAUUGUUUUCAAAUCAGAUUUGCGUUGCAUGAAAAGAAUGAUCUUUAUUUUACCUUUCUGAAGAAAGUCAGAAAUAGAAACUAGCAAAUGAAAUGAAAGCAAGUUUGAAAAGGCAUUUUCAAAAGAACAUAU